UGUCAUCUGUCAACCACUGAGCUGGAAACGUCAACUCUCCGGUGUAGCUGGAAUUAGACCACGUAAAGAUGUAAACAAAUUGCAUUCGUCUGGACAACUAUUGCAUUUGCGCGCUCUACUUCCUAGAAAACUUACAAAAAUCAAAAUAUGUUCUCAAUACUGAACUUACUCUACGUACUUAUUGGACUUCUGCUUGUGGGAGUCGCGGUUUUGUUCGCUGUUUUCUUUGCACUCCGCAAAUAUAUUCUGAUUCAGAAGGAGAAGCUGCACAAGGGAAACAACGAUGUGAACGUCGGCAUCUUCCAUCCGUACUGCAAUGCAGGAGGAGGCGGAGAACGAGUCCUUUGGUGUGCUGUUAGGGCACUGCAGGCAAAAUAUGAAAAUGUAAAAAUUAUCAUCUACACUGGCGACACUGACGCUUCACCAAACACCAUCUUUAAUCGAGCGAAAAAUAUCUUCAACGUCGCCGUCGACGAGGAGAAUACAAGUUUCGUAUAUUUGAAAAAGCGACACUGGGUCGAAGCGAAAAUGUAUCCCUACUUCACACUGCUGGGACAAAGCAUCGGAUCAAUGAUCCUUGGACUCGAAGCAUUACUUAAAUACCAACCCGACAUCUAUCUGGACACAAUGGGUUACUCCUUCACAUUACCAAUUUUUAGAUUCCUAGGAAUGUGUAAAGUCGGUUGCUACGUUCACUACCCAACCAUAAGCACAGACAUGUUAAGGAGAGUGCAAAACAGAGUCUAUUCGCACAAUAAUCAAAAUUAUGUAGUGAAAAAUCCAUUUUUAACAUGGUUGAAGUUGCUUUACUAUAGGAUUUUUGCAAAGCUAUAUAGUGUAGUUGGACGUUGUUCACAAACUGUGAUGGUGAAUUCCUCCUGGACUGAAAAUCACAUUGUCAACUUAUGGGAUGUUCCAUUCAAAACUCACAGAGUCUAUCCGCCGUGCGAAGUGAACCACCUAAAAAAUCUCCAAUUUACCGGCAACGACAACGAAAAAAUUGUCAUUCUAUCGGUCGGGCAGUUUCGUCCGGAAAAAGAUCAUCCGCUGCAAUUGCAAGCAAUGUACGAGCUUCGAACAUUAUUGGUGAAAGAUGAGGAUCUCUGGAACAAACUACGUUUAGUGAUUGUGGGCUCGUGUCGCAAUGACGAAGAUCGCGACCGCCUGAAAAAUAUGCAAGACUUGAGCAAACAUCUUUCACUAGAAAAUUCUGUAGACUUUAGAGUGAAUGUUUCGUAUCAGGAGUUGGUUCAACUCUUCCAGUCCGCAAAGAUUGGAGUACACACAAUGUGGAAUGAGCAUUUCGGAAUUGGGGUUGUGGAGUGCAUGGCGGCUGGGUUGAUUAUGGUUGCAAAUCGGUCGGGCGGCCCGCUUAUGGAUAUCAUAGAAACAUCGGAAGGUAGUCAGACCGGAUAUCUAGCAGUGGAUGCAGUGGAUUAUGCAAAUUGUUUUCUGAGUGUUUUAUAUAACUCAAAGGAACAGAAUGAGCAGAUUCGGCAAGCGGCAAGAGCAUCUGUCGAUCGUUUCUCUGAGAAAGAAUUUGAAAUCAACUUCCUACGUGCAGUCAGUCCACUUUUCAAAACGGAUUAAGGGAAGGCGCAGUGAUAUAUUUACCAAUAAUUAUUGAUUAGAUAUAGAACCAAGAAAAAAUGUUGCAGUUAAGCUGGGUAACAAGCUCUUAACAUUCGGAACAUGUUACCGGGAAAGAAUAAUCUGAUUAAAAUGGCAACGAAGAUAAAUCUAAAACUAGCCGAAAUAAUUUGAUCACAUUUCAGGUAGAUUUACUUUCUUUUGUUGAUCCUAUGCUCCUUGUCCUCAGGGUUUACUUUUCAGAACUGAAACUGUGCAGCAUAUAUAUCCUUAAAAAGCUUAUUUCAAAUGUAGUUGUAAGAAAUAUCCAAGAUUUUUCAAAAGGUCAUUUCAGUUUUAGACUUUUAAAUAUAAUGUUAAACGAUAUUUUACGAACACAUGUAAGCAUUGGUUCGAGCAAUUAUUUCCUGCAUAUAUAUACGCAAUAUUUAGCCAAAGUUUGAUUAAAUUUUAAGAUUUUUGAGAUAA